AAGUGCAGUUAAUCAGAAAGAAUGGCGAUUGUCGUUUCAUUUACGGACUCCAGUUUUCGAUUACUUAACGACCGAUUCUUAAAACGCGACGCGAACUUUAGUCAUCUCAAAUUGAACAAAUUUUUACCAAUAUCAUUGUGCAAUGAAUUCAAGCCUUGUCAUACAUUCUGAAUUAUAAGAUUUGUGGCAGAAUUCUGUAAAAUUAUUAUAUUAAACAAGGAAUCCAACCUUCAAUCUUGUUCCCAAAUAACAAAAGCAUAGGAUCGAGUUUCCAAUAUUAACGACAAGCGGUUCGUUUCUUCGAACGAUUUCCAACGGACGAAAUGGUGCCGACGAUGCCGCCUGAUUCACAUAAAAUUUCGUUGAAAAUCAUUGAGGCGAUAAAACAACACCCGGUUUUGUAUAGUGCUGAAGUAAAGGGCUCUUCUGUCAAACUUCAGGAAUUCCGGCAGAAGGUUUGGAAGAGGAUUUCUGAUGAACUUGGUCUUGAUCCUACCUGGGUGAGAUUAAGAUGGAAAAACUUAAGAGAUACUUAUUGUCGCAUACUUAAGUAUAAAAAUAAAACAGAGAAGGGAGUUCGCAGAAAGAAAUGGAUUUUUGAGGACCAUCUUAGUUUCUUAAAAUUUCCGUACGAAUCGGACUAUCAGCCACAAAGUGUAGAGUUAACAGAAGAUUAUAUUCAAGAUAUAAAUGCUGGUGGUAUUAGUUCUGAAGGUUUAUUAGAACAGUUGGAAGAUCGUAACGAUGAAGAUUAUAGUGAAUACUUGGAGGUUCUAGAAGAAACAACAGCUGAUCCAAUUUUGGAUCACAAUUCUGUAGAACUAAAUGACAAUGGAGAUAAUGUAAUAAAAAAUAUAGAGGUAGAAGAAACAAUGCAACAUGACAUUGAUACAUAUACACAACAAAUUCAGUCAAAAUAUAGGAAAAUAAGACCAAAGAAAAUGAAAGUUGAAUCUCUAGAAGUGCCUACAACUUACAGUAUCUUAAAAACUUCAUCUUUCAAGAAUAAAACAGUUGAUACACCAAUUUUUGUUAAUGCACCAACAAAUAGUCCUACGAAGAAUGUUGCCAAAGUAGAAGGACAGGAUAAGACAUCCUUAACUUUAAAGGACUUAAAAAAUAAUGUAGUAUCAAUAAAGGAAGCCCUUCUACCAAAAAUGAAAGAUGAUGAUGAAGAUUUAAUAAGAUGGAUGGGUCGUCCACCAAUAAUUCCACAACAAUGUGAUGUUGUGAUAAUUGGAGGUGGAGCAAUGGGUAGUUCAAUAGCAUACUGGUUGAAAAAACGAGUUUUUAAAGACCUCAAAGUUAUAGUUAUUGAAAGAGAUCCCACAUACACUAAAGCGUCAACAGUUCUUUCUUGUGGAGGUCUACGUCAACAAUUUUCCCUUACAGAAAAUAUUGAAAUGUCCCUUUUUGGUGCUGAAUUUAUACGUAACAUUAAUGAUUAUUUGGGUGUCGGUGAAAACACUUUGAUUGAUCCAUAUUUUCAACCUAAUGGGUACUUAAUGUUAGCAUCAAAAGAAGGUGCUGAAGUAUUAUCACAAAAUUCUAAAUUACAGAAUUUUCUUGGAGCAAAGAACAUUUUGUUAACAGCCCAAAAGUUAAAGGACAUGUUUUCUUGGUUAAAUACAGAAGAUAUUGAAUUGGGCUGUUUAGGGUUAGAGAAAGAAGGAUGGUUUGAUCCAUGGGCUUUUCUUUCUGCUAUUAAGAAAAAGGCGAUGGUUUUAGGAGCAGAAUAUAUUACUGCAGAAGCUCAAGGAUUUGCUUAUAAAAAUAAUAUAGAGCAAAAUUUUGAUUUAUUGGAUGCAUUAAUUGUGAAAACACCAGAGGGUGAAACACAUAAAAUAAAAUUUUCCUCGGCUGUCGUAGCUGCAGGUGCUUUUAGUGGAAAUGUUGCAAAAAUGGCCAAACUUGGCGCAGCAAAUGAUAUUCGAAGAAUAUCUUUACCUGUUGAACCACGGAAAAGAUACGUUUAUUGUUUCCACUGUCUUGAUGGGCCAAGCAUAAAUACACCAAUAACAAUAGAUUAUACAGGUACAUACUUCAGGAGAGAAGGUUUAGGAGGUAAUUAUAUUUGUGGGAGAUCACCAUGUGAAAGUGAUGAACCUCCGGUUGACGAUUUAAGCGUCGAUGAUAAUUUUUUUGAUGAACACGUUUGGCCAAUGCUUGCGAGAAGGGUUACAGCCUUUGAAAGUCUAAAGUUAAAAUCUUCUUGGGCGGGAUACUACGAAUAUAAUACCUUUGAUCAAAAUGGAAUAAUUGGAAAACAUCCAUACUAUAGCAAUUUAUAUUUUGCAACUGGAUUUAGUGGACACGGAAUCCAACAAUCACCAGCAGUAGGUAGAGCAAUUUCAGAAUUAAUUCUUGAUGGUAAAUAUCAAACAAUUGAUCUAACAAAUCUUGGUUUUGAGAGACUUAUUAGUGGUAAACUUAUGUCUGAAACGAACAUUGUUUAAUAUUUGUUGAACUGUUAAUUUAUUUUAAAUCUCGGUUUGAUGAGCUUGCUUAACCGAUGAACCUAAAAAGAUGCAUUGUUUACGUGUACAUAUGACGAGGUAGAAAAGGAUUUAUUUUCCUUAUGAUAAAUGUAAAUAUGAAGAAAAUUUUGUACAAUAUAAAUGAAAUAAUGCAAUUGAAAUUAAUCAUUUAACAAGUGAAUAUUGUUUCUGUAGAUACAAAUCUUACACUUUUAGGAAUAAAUUUUCUAUUAAUUGUUAACGAAUGUAAUUUUA